AUGAAGCUGUCACGAUUUCUCCAGUUGCCAGCCCUCCUGGCUGCCUCGACCCUCGCCCCCGCGGUGCUCGCCGAGCACACCAGCAACUGGGCCGUCCUCGUCUGCACAUCGCGAUUCUGGUUCAACUACCGCCACCUCGCCAAUGUGCUCUCCAUUUAUCGCACCGUAAAGCGCCUUGGCAUCCCCGACUCUCAAAUCAUCCUCAUGCUCCCCGACGACAUGGCCUGCAAUCCGCGCAAUGCCUUCCCCGGAACCGUCUACAGCAACUCGGACCGUGCUGUCGACCUGUACGGCGACAACAUCGAGGUGGACUACCGCGGCUACGAGGUCACUGUCGAGAACUUUAUCCGUCUGCUUACCGAUCGCGUCGGCGACGAGAUGCCCCGCAGUAAGCGCCUUCUGACGGACGACCGAAGCAACAUUCUCGUAUACAUGACAGGCCACGGUGGAAACGAGUUCCUAAAGUUCCAGGAUGCCGAGGAGAUUGGUGCUUUCGAUCUGGCUGAUGCCUUUGAACAGAUGUGGGAGAAGAAGAGAUACCACGAGAUCCUCUUCAUGAUCGACACCUGCCAAGCGAACACAAUGUACAGCAAGCUCUACUCCCCCAACAUCAUCGCCACCGGCUCCUCGGAGCUCGACCAGUCCUCCUACUCGCACCACGCCGACAACGACGUCGGCGUCGCCGUCAUCGACCGCUACACCUACUACAACCUCGAGUUCCUCGAAUCGCAAGUCCAAGACCUGAGUUCCAAGAAGACGGUCGGCGAGCUCUUCGACAGCUACACAUACGAAAAGAUCCACUCCCACGCCGGCGUGCGCUACGACCUCUUCCCCGGCGGCGCCGACGCCGCGCGCAGCCGCCGCAUCACCGAUUUCUUCGGCAACGUGCAGAACGUCGAGGUCGACGGCGCCAAGAACAUGGUUCUCGACGAGGAGCUGCUGGAGCUUAGCCAGAAGAUUGCCGCGCUGAAGCAGCGGGCUCAGGAGGCGGAUGCGGCGGCCAAGAAUGCGUCGUUGGCGGAGGGUGCAAAGGGCCAGACGCCGGAUGUCAAGACGAGGGCUAAGAGGGUGCAGAUGGCGAAGCCGCUCACGAAUGAGAAUUGGUGGGAGAAGAAGAUUAUUGGAGUCACGGCCUUGAUCGGUUGCGCGCUUCUAUGGGCUUUGGGGUCGUAUUAUGAGGCGCCAAAGAGGAAGGCCGAUGAUUCUAAGAUGGCGACGGGGCAGAAUGGCCGAUCCACCGUGAAAGCGUAA